AUGUCGUCUUUCCUGAAGCCUCUCAAGGGCUCAGGCAAGCCUGGCUUUCAGAUUCGGCCUCGAGGAGCUGGGGGUGACCGCAUCAGGGAGGUUCUGAGCCAGAAUCGCAUUGCCAGUCAGAGAGCAAUGAGCAUGGAUCCUACACCACCUCCUCAACCAGCUGCAAACAGCUCGACGCAAUGUCCCAAUAAACAAUGCCCCAACCGCUCAGCCCCCAUCGUGGAGGGAUUCUGUUCAGCCUGUGGUCGCGAGAUUGAUAACUCCAAUAUCGUCGCCGAGGUUCAAUUCGGAGAGACCUCGUCAGGAGCUGCCAUGGUCCAGGGAACCUUUGUUGGAGCCGACCAAGGUACGACGCGGGGCAUGGGUCCUGGAAUGAGGCGAAUUGGUGGUAUGGUUGGCGACAACAAGGAGAAGACUAUCCGUGAAGCGAAGAACAUGAUGUGGGGAUUCAAGUCGCGACUCAAAAGCGUCAGCGAGAGCGCCAUCGACUCGGCCAUCAUGAUCUUCAAGCUUGUCCUCGGCGAGAAUUGGCUUCAGGGUCGCGGCAUGGACAAGGUUGUUCCAGUCUGUCUCUACACUGCCUGUCGCCGAGAGGAGAGAUGCGACGUCAUGCUCAUCGACUUUGCCGAAUUGGUCCAAAUCAAUGUGUACGAGCUCGGACACGUGUUCAAGGACCUCGGCGACAUCUACUCUUUCCAGAACAACAAUGUCCGAUCCAUCAUUCCCGAGGAUCUCAUGAUGCGCUUUGCCGAGAAGCUCGACUUUGGCGAGUUCACCAACAAGGUCGCAGCCGAUGCGACUAGACUCUGCCAGCGGAUGGGCCGAGACUGGAUGGUUAUGGGCCGUCGACCUUCGGGCAUCUGUGGGGCUUGUUUGCUGAUGGCUGCCCGUAUGUGGAACUUCCGGCGGACCGUCAAGGAGAUUGUCUACGUCGUCAAGGUCACCACAGUCACCAUCGAGCAACGCUUGGACGAAUUCACAGUCACCGAGAGCAGUGACCUGUCUAUUGAAGACUUCCUGAAUCAAGAAUUUCUCGAGUCUCGGCAUGAUCCGCCUUCCUUUUACAGACAGAGCAAGGAAUGGCAGGACAAGAAGGAGCAAGAGAGGGCCGAAAGCGGACGCAAGCGCAAACGUGUUCUCGAGGACAUCGGUGACGACGAGCUGGAUGGCGAUGCAACUACAGGCGAAAGGGCUGCCUCCCAGGACGGCUCUACCCCAACACCUAGGCUUUCUUCUGCUACCACGAACAUGCCACCCCCACCAGUCCCUCGCCCGCCGCCUGACGUUUCCAAGCUUGCCAAAGUCACAGACUUCUUGCCUCGAGCAUUUGACAGUACGGAGAAUAGGGAGAUAGUAACCCCUUUCGACCACACUCAAAUGCCUCAGCCUGCACCAAGACCAGCCCCUGCUAGCGAUAAGGACGUCGCGGACGGUCUCAAUGCUGAGAACCCAACGAGCGAGGAAGCUGUGGAUGAGUUGGCACAGGUAUACGGAGCCCCGACCGAAGACGCAGAGGAAGCAGAGGAAGCAGAGGCGGAAGAGGAGGUAGAGCAAGAUGCCGAUGAGGAGCCCGAACCUCGUCGUCGGAGACGGGGCAGGAGAAAUCAACUCGAGCCGCUUCUCAACUUCGAUGAAGAGUGGGAGAGUGACGAGGCCCUACUGGAGAAGCAGAUCAAUGAGGUGAUCAGCGACCCUCACAGUGAUGCGCAUCAGAAGGCACUCGCCACCGCUGUGCAUCUCGCCCACAUCAAGACUCAAUGGCAACUAUCGUUGCUGCCAUCCCGGAAACCGAAUAUGGAGGAAAUCAUCGGUGAGGAUGAGUUCGCUGAUGAUCCCGAGGUGCAGUUCUGCAAGCUGGCGCCGGACGAGGUGAAGAUCAAAGAGGACAUAUGGAUGAACACCAACAAGGACUGGCUGCGCAAGCAGCAAGAGAAGAACUACCGGAAGCAAAUGGAGGACUUGGGGCCACCAAAGCGCAAACGCAACCGAGUGAAGAAACCUCGCAUCGGAGAGGGGCAGCUCACACCAGCUUCCACGCCCGGCGAGGCAGCUGUUGAGGCGAUGAAAAAGCGUAACACGGUUUCGAAGCGUAUCAACUACGACGCCAUCACGAACCUCUUCGGCAGCAGCAAGCGACGUGGACCCGGCUCAGUGGCAUCCCGCUUGGACAGCGACACGACCAGCAAUCGGCCCAGCCGUGCAGGUAGCGUUUUUGACGAAGGCAGCCCGCGCAGCGCCCAGAGCAAUACCCACACACCACCGGCAACGCAGAAGCCGGCCGCGAAUGAGCUAGGGCAGGACGGAGAGGACGAAGAGGACGAGGAAGCAGCGGAUGAUACGUAUGACGGUACCCAGGACGAUAUACCCGAGUGGGACGAGAACGCCGCCGAUGAAGACGAAGAUGAGUGGUUCUGA